GCUAUCCAAUCAAGUCCCUCGUUGGUGUGGGCGGGCCCUUCAUUUGUACCCGGAGGAUUCGUGUGUCCUUGCUUGAUAACGUGGAUUAAAAACUCAUUUUGUGUUUGUUGUCCGCCACAGUUUUCUUGUCACCGGGUUUUAUUCUCACAGACGGUCGGUCAUGCCUCUUCUUAAAUACUCUCCCAAAGUCUGGGAAGCCCUGAAAAUGAAGCAGGGCAUUUAUGCUCGUCUCCCAAAACACUACCUCAAGUCUCUCGAGCAGAAAGAGCCCACGCCUGUCCACUGGAGACCCCUGGGAGUACAGUACAGAGCCAACCCAGUCAGUGGACAGAAGGAACGGGUGCAGGACGUCCCAAUCCCCAUCUAUUACCCUCCACAAUCCCAGGACGGCUUGUGGGGUGGAGAGGGAUGGAUAAGUGGUUUCAGAUACGCUUACAAUGACAAAAUGUCCACUCGUUUGAAGAAGACCUGGAAACCACAGCUGUUCAAAAGAGAGUUGUACAGUGAAAUCCUUGAACACACUUUCACCAUCACCGUCACAGCCCGCACUCUGGACCUCAUUGAUGCUGCCUUUGGCUUAGACUUUUACAUUCUUCAAACAUCGAAGGAAGACCUGAAUUCAAAAUUGGGAAUGGACCUGAAGAGGGCAAUGUUGCUUCGCCUGGCACGCAGAAACACAGAGCUUUACCCGGGUGACUCGGUCAAAAGAGAGAAGGUUUACAAUAAAUACAAGCAGUUUGAAAUCCCAGAGGAGGAAGCAGAGUGGUUGGGUCUGAAUCUGGAGGAGGCUGUGGAGAAACAGAGGCAGCUUGAGCACAAGGAGCCCGAGCCUCUUUUCAAGGCCUGUGUGGACCAGCUGGUGGAGGAGCUACGCCUUCAACAACUGUCAGAGCCGCACGUUAUGGAGAAGAAGUGACAACUCUGAGCGGGACAAGAUGCCGCAUUUCAGACUGAAAAAUUAAGUAGGUUGUACUGUCAAGCUUUCCUGAUGGCGGUGGGAUUUUGGGUUACCUGGUUCCUGCUUCCGAGUGCAGACCCUGGAGAACUCUGCAGUUUUAACUUGUAGGUGCAUCUGAGAGCAACACAAAGGACCUGGUCAUGUUGGACUAAUGCUAAUUUAUUUUUUUAGUUCUCUUUUUUUCCCUUGCAUUUAAUAUCCUUGCACAAGACAUUCAGGAAUUAGGGGAACAGCGUCAAUCAGUGUAAAUACUCCCGGACCAGCUGAGAUAGAGACACUUGUUUGGGAUAUCUAAGAAUCAAAAAGUAAAUCAAAUAAAAAUCUAAUGUAAAAAUACAA